AUGAGCAGGGCGCUUACGGAGCACAUCAACAGUAGCUUCCGAGAAGAUGCUCCUCGUCCUCCGGUACCGGGGGAGGAGGGAGAGGCGUCAUGCUACAACCCCAGCAGAUCUGCCAAAAUGAGAGCCCAGAGCAAGGUUAAAGAUACCCCCUCCGCCGCCGCGCCUUCCGGCUCCACACCGCGGAGGAACGAGGAUGGACUCGGGGAGCCAGAGGGCAGCGCGUCCCCGGACUCGCCGCUAGUCCGGUGGACAAAGUCUCUGCAUUUUCUCCUGGGCGACCAAGACGGCGCUCACCUCUUCAGGACCUUUUUGGAGCGGGAGAAUUGCGUGGACACUUUGGACUUUUGGUUCGCCUGCAACGGCUUCAGGCAAAUGGACUUAAAGGAUACCAAAACGUUGCGAGUUGCCAAAGUUAUUUUUAAGCGGUACAUCGAGAACAACAGCAUUGUCGCCAAGCAGCUGAAACCCGCCACCAAGACCUUUAUAAGGGAUAGUAUUAAGAAACAACUAAUAGAUUCUGCCAUGUUUGACCAGGCACAGACGGAAAUUCAGUCCAACAUGGAAGAGAAUGCAUACCAGAUGUUCUUGACCUCUGACAUAUACCUCGAAUACGUGCGCACCGGCUGCGAGAACGCGGCGUACAUGAACCACAGCGGUCUCGGCAGUCUCAAGCUGAUGUGCGGAUACCUUCCUCCUCUCAUGGAGGAAGAGGAAUGGAGUUGUAAUGACCUGAAGGCAAAAACGUUAGGGUCUGUGGUUGGACUGUCUUCGAAAACCCUGAGGGCUACUGCUACCAUCCGGACAGCAACUGAAGUCCUGGAGAACAGUUGCAGGUCCCACCGUCGAGGAGACCCCGCCAGCCCCUACUUUGUCAACUCCGGCUACAUUUUUGCCCCUGCCACCAGUGCCAACGACAGCGAGAUCUCCAGCGAUGCCACGACAGAUGAUUCCAUGUCCAUGACAGACAGUAGUGUAGAUGGAAUCCCUCCAUACAAACUGGGCACCAAGAAGCAGCUCCAGAGAGAGAUACAUCGCAGUGUCAAGAUCAAUGGCCAGGUUACGCUACCCCACUUUCCUAGGACAUACCGGCUGCCUAAGGAGAUGACCCCUGUUGAGCCCUCAGCCUUUGCUGCCCAGCUCAUUGCCAGGCUGGAGAAGCUGAAGCGGGAGCAGGACACCAUGAGUUCGCUGGAAGAGAGGCUGCAGCAGAUCCAGGAGGAGGAGGAAAGGGAGGAGAGCAGCGACCUUGCCAGCAACACCUCCCUCCAUCACCCUCUUCUCCCAUCUGGCAGUCAAUGCGAGGAAGACCCCCAGGCUAUCCUAGACGAGCACCUAUCCCGUGUUCUGAAGACACCUGGUUGCCAGUCACCAGGCGUGGUUCGGCACUCGCCGCGCUCACGCUCCCCAGAUCGGACGGGUGCUGUGGUGUCUUCUGGCCACGGGCCCUUCUUUGGUGCUUAUCCUGGGGCCACCAAGGUUCUGAUGACAGGCAAGCAGUCCACAAAGCACAUCCACCAUCACUACAUCCACCAUCACCACGCUGGGCCGAAGACCAAGGAGCAGAUCGAGGCCGAGGCGGCUCAGCGCGUGCAGUGCCUCUGCCCUCCAGGGGGCACCAAUUAUUCUGACUUCACCCCUGCUCGCUGCAGCACUUUGUCCAGACGGCCAGUCAAGGCCACAGAUGAGGGCGUGUCUUCACCGCGCCUUCCACUUGAUGCCACUGAUCGCUCUCAGAAUGUUUGGCAGUGGAUCCUAGAGAGUGAGAGGCAGGGCAAGCACAAGCCACACAGCACUCAAGGUCUGAAGAAGUCCAGCCCACUUGACUCCAAGACCCUGCCUGGUCGGACUAACUACUCUUGGGGUGGAGGAGGCAUCGGCAGUGGGGCUCACCUCCGUGGACACCACCCUGGCCACCCGUUCAUCCAGGAUCCAGCCAUGCCACCCCUGCCCCCACCCAACACCCUGGCACAGCUAGAGGAGGCCUGCCGCAGACUUGAAGAGGUCUCCAAGCCACCAAAACAGAGGCAUUCAACAGCAGCCAGCAGCCUUCAGAGAGACAGGAGCCAUCCAGCAGCUGCCUUCCCCACUGGAGGAAGCCCUCUAGCCAGCCCUGGACUCCAAACAGACGAGUCUAAGGAACUAGUGGUCACCUACUUCUUCUGUGGUGAAGAGAUUCCCUAUCGCAGCAUGAUGAAGACCCACUGCCUCACCCUGGGACACUUCAAGGAGCAGCUUAGCAAGAAAGGCAACUACCGGUACUACUUCAAGAAGGCAAGUGAUGAGUUUGAGUGUGGCGCUGUGUUCGAGGAGGUGUGGGAGGAUGCCACCGUGUUGCCCAUGUAUGAGGGCAAGGUCCUGGGCAAGGUGGAAAGGAUGGACUAAAAGCCACUUUGUUGCCAGCCAACCAAUGCCCUUCCCUGCCCAACCAAAAGCUAAACUGUCCCUAAAAAACUUGAGCAAGAGACUCUAUGUAAUUAACAAAAAAAACACUCUGGACUCCUUUGUUGUUUUGUUUUUUUUCUAUUUCUUAAUAUUAAGCUAAACAGAGUUAAUAUAUCCAGCACAAGAGGAGUGAUUGAAGGAAGACGAGCCAAUGAAGUAUACCGAAUCCAGAGGAGGUGCCGCCCCUCCCUGACUUUCUCAACCAAUCAGCCUUAGAAACACAAGGGAAUGACAUGACAGACUUUUAAAGGCCAAUGCAAGGAGGAUGAUGAUGAUGAUGAUCUUGAUGGUGAUGAUGAUGAUGAUGAUCAAGAGGAGGACCCCGCCUCUUCUUGAAUAUAACCACUGAAGAUGACUGUUUUGUCGUGAUGUGAUGAGAGACUGAUGGUGCAUUCGGCACAUCGGCUUCCCGGCCGAGUGCAGCGGACUAGCAGGCGCUGAAGAUGCAGUGCCACCAACCUGCUCUUAACGUUACACUCCAACAUCGUUAC